AAAAAAACCAACGUCAAGGCGGAGACUGCAGCUUGUGACAGGUCGGCAUUGCCUCCGGAAACAGUAGCUAAGGAAGUCAGGGAGCAGGAGGAGAGCAACGGAGAGCAGCCUUCCGCCUGUCACACAGUCACAGGCAUGUCAGAGCCCGGGGUCCCGCCACAUACCCCGAAACCGGCCGCCUGAGAGCGGGAACCCGGGGACAGGCCGACAGCGCGGACAUUGCAGGCCCUGCAGGUGAGCGUGGGGCAUGCUGGGUACUGACUGGCAGAGCCAGGGAGAGAGCUGGGGAGACAUUAUUGGCAGUGCCAGGGAGAGAGCCAGGCAGACAUUACUGGCAGAGCCAGAGAGAGAGCCAGGGAGACAUUACUGGCAGAGCCAGAGAGAGAGCCAGGGAGACAUUACUGGCAGAGCCAGGGAGAGAGCUGGGGAGACAUUACUGGCAGAGCCAGGGAGAGAGCUGGGGAGACAUUACUGGCAGUGCCAGGGAGAGAGCCGGGCAGACAUUACUGGCAGAGCCAGGGAGAGAGCCAGGCAGACAUUACUGGCAGAGCCAGAGAGAGAGCUGGGGAGACAUUACUGGCAGAGCCAGGGAGAGAGCCAGGCAGACAUUACUGGCAGAGCCAGGGAGAGAGCCAGGCAGACAUUACUGGCAGAGCCAGGGAGAGAGCCAGGCAGACAUUACUGGCAGAGCCAGGGAGAGAGCCAGGCAGACAUUACUGGCAGAGCCAGAGAGAGAGCCAGGGAGACAUUACUGGCAGAGCCAGGGAGAGAGCCAGGCAGACAUUACUGGCAGUGCCAGGGAGAGAGCCGGGCAGACAUUACUGGCAGUGCCAGGCAGACAUUACUGGCAGUGCCAGGCAGACAUUACUGGCAGUGCCAGGCAGACAUUACUGGCAGUGCCAGGCAGACAUUACUGGCAGUGCCAGGCAGACAUUACUGGCAGUGCCAGGCAGACAUUACUGGCAGUGCCAGAGAGAGAGCCAGGGAGACAUUACUGGCAGUGCCAGGGAGAGAGCCAGGCAGACAUUACUGGCAGUGCCAGGGAGAGAGCCAGGCAGACAUUACUGGCAGUGCCAGGGAGAGAGAGACAGGGAGACAUUACUGGCAGUGCCAGGGAGAGAGCCAGGCACAUUACUGGCAGUGCCAGGCAGAGAGAGCCAGGGAGACAUUACUGGCAGUGCCAGGGAGAGAGCCAGGCAGACAUUACUGGCAGUGCCAGGGAGAGAGCCAGGCAGACAUUACUGGCAGUGCCAGGGAGAGAGCCAGGGAGACAUUACUGGCAGUGCCAGGGAGAGAGCCAGGGAGACAUUACUGGCAGUGCCAGUUACUGGCAGACAUUACUGGCAGUGCCAGUUACUGGCAGACAUUACUGGCAGUGCCAGGCAGACAUUACUGGCAGUGCCAGAGACAUUACUGGCAGUGCCAGGGAGACAUUACUGGCAUGACAGGCCGAGAGCUCUCUGUAACAGUGUAGAACCUGCGUUAGUUACUGCUUCCAGGGUUUGGGGUUUGGUAGAUCGGUCAGGGUGGAGGCUGUUUACAGGACAUCCCAUGGGGGCAGUGCCAAGGGAGAGGCCUUGCAGGCCAAGGACUUGUAACACGGCCUGAUCUCCUCUCUUACGACGCUGUAAUGAAGGGGAAAAAACUCAACAAAACAUGUUUAUUGUUAUUCAUCAAAUCUGUUCUAGGCAUGAGGGACAAUUUAUUUUUUUUAAAUCCGAGGAAAGGGAAAUUAAGAUGCAGUGCAUUUGCCAUGAAGGAGAGGGGUGUAAAUUUCAUUGCAUUGAUUGGGAGGAUAGAGGUAUAAUUUCCAGAGCAUUGCCAGUAAGGAGAGGGGAGUAAUUUGCAGGGCAUUGAUGAGGGUGGGGUGAAGGGGAGUAAUUUGCAGGGCAUUGAUGGGGGUGGGGUACAGGGGAGUAGUUUGCAGGGCAUUGAUGGGGGGGAGGGAGUAGUUUGCAGGGCAUUGAUGGGGGGGAGGGAGUAGUUUGCAGGGCAUUGAUGGGGGGGGAGGAGGGAGGUUUGGUGGGUAAGAUGGGGGAGGAGAGUAGUUUGCAGGGUACUGAUGGGGAGGAGGGACAGGCGGGGGCAUUGAUGGGGGGGGAGGAGGGGAGAAGUUUGCAGGGUACUGAUGGGGAGGAGGAGUGGCAGGUGGUGGGCAUUGAUGGGGGAGGAGGGAGUAUUUGCAGGGCAUUGAUGGGGGAGGAGGGAGUAGUUUGCAGGGCAUUGAUGGGGGGAGGAGGAGAAGUUUGCAGGGCAUUGAUGGGGGAGGAGGGAGUAGUUUGGUGGCAGGCAUUGAUGGGGAGGGAGUAGUUUGCAGGCAUUGAUGGGGAGGGAGAAGUUUGCAGGGCAUUGAUGGGGGGAGGGAGUAGCUUGGUAGGUUGAUGGGGGGAGGAGGGAGUAGUUUGCAGGGCAUUGAUGGGGGAGGAGGGAUAGUUUGCAGGCACAUGGGGGAGGAGGGAGUAGUUUGCAGGCACAUGGGGGAGGAGGGAGUAGUUUGCAGGCAUUGAUGGGAGGAGGGAGUAGUUUGCAGGGCAUUGAUGGGGGAGGAGGGAGUAGUUUGCAGGGCACUGAUGGGGAGGAGGGAGUAGUUUGCAGGGCAUUGAUGGGGGAGGAGUAGUUUGCAGGCAUUGAUGUGGGGGGAGGAGGGAGUAGUUUGCAGGGCAUUGAUGGGGGGAGGGGGGAGUAGUUUGCAGGGCAUUGAUGGGGGGGAAGGGGGAGUAGUUUGCAUUCGCCUCAGGGGGAUGUAGUCUGCAGGAGCAUUGCUACGGAGAAAUAAUUGUCACGGAGUGUGUACUGACAAUGGGUUUAUCAGGUUGUGCUGUUAAAGUAAAGCUGCCAUUGCAGUUUUCCAACUGUCUGGCCUGACUCCUAUUAUACAAUUAACUGUUUCUGCCAAACUGAAAUCUCAUAUUUAAAUGUAUUUUCUUUUGUCUUUACCCCUGUCUCCUACUGAGAGCAUAAAUCAUGUUUUCAGUGUGUGUUACUCUUUCUGUAACACACAUCUCUCCUACAUACCCUUGUUUGGGAAACAUUCUUUGUUCGCAUAACAGGUUAAAAGUUCCCAACGCUCUUUAUGUUGGCAUUGUGCAAAUAAAACUUCUGUUAUCUCUCUCUAUUCUGUGUCCAAUAAAUUAUUCUGGCUGUUUCUCUCCCCUCUCUAUGCUGCUCUCACAAAAGAUUGUCCCUUCUUCCAUUUGCAGGCAUUGCUUUCCUUUAGGCUGAAUGUAAUAAUUAGAGAUAAGACAUACAGAGCACAGCCUCUUUAUCUCUGUGCAGAUGCAUACAGGUUUGGCACAGACUGAACUAACUGAGAGGAGUUGUAAAGGGCUAUUUUCUCCAGCUAUUCUCUAACAUUUGAGAUUUAGUUGUAUUUGUCAUGACAGGUACCCUUUAUAGAGAGAGGUUGGCAAAGGUAGAUAACCUAUAGCUCUCCUGCAGUUCUUUAGCAGUAGAUUUGAUUAUGCUUUUCAAUACACACAGGUGCUUUUCUCUUAUUUAGGAUUUUCAUUAGGAAUUAUUGCUGAGACUUGAGUACUGUGGCAGGUGGAGAACUACUUGCUGUGAUUAACUUACAUCUUUAAGCUCUUUGACCUGAAUUUGCAGACCAGACUUGGUAAUAUCAAUACAAGAGAGAACAUUAUGCAUAAAGUGUGAAUGACCUGAUGGCAGCUGUGGAGAGCUUGUUAGUAUGAUUAUUUGUAAUCAAAUUGUGAUGAACGUAUAUUGGAAGUUGUAUAUUUAUACAUUGACCUUGUUAGUAGUAUUUAAAGAUGAGAUUGAAACCAAAUAAGGUAAUUGCUAAUGAGUGCCCAUACAUCAGGCUUUUUAUUAUAUUUAUUUGCAGGAGAAAGGCAUCUAUUAGGGAUAGGUUCCACCAAUAUUAGAUCCCAUAUUUGGCAUUUUUCCUAUAAUUGGUUUUGUAAUUUUACUAAUAUUACCAAUAACUAACCGCUCCCAGUCCCCCCCCCCCCCCCCCAUGAGGCACAACCUCACUUUGCCCCUCCUUGUGAGUAUCGGCAUGCAGAGCUCAGCUGGAGGCAGGAAGGUGAGACCAUGAAUGAUCUACUGUAACAUACUGCCUGCUUGUCAGCAACUGUACUCCUACUAUAUUCAGCAUGUUCAGUUAAUCCUAGAUUUAUGUAGAAAUUGUGGUAAAUUAAAAAACAAAACACUUUAAAUACAAAAUAUCAGCACUAGUUAUUGGCAAUCAGCCCAAAAGGUGACAGAUAAUCUGUAUCAGCAUGGGCUCUGGAAAAAUAUUAGUUGAUCCCUUAUAUCUAAAUAGGGACCUCCUAUUUUAAAAAUAAAUAAAUAAAAAUGUUGAAGCCCCAGGAUCACCAUUUAAGUGGAACGUCACUUCUCUGGAUAUUACAUAAUUGAAACCUUGAAAAUCGCUUAUAAACCAGAUGCACCGAAAUGAAAAUUCAGGAUGCCCUUGUCCGAAAAUGACUUUUUUUUUUUUCUCUCCAAAUGAUGUUAAAAUGUUUUUUUUCUAUAAUUUUAUUAAUAUUAGACUUUUUAAUUAAUCUAAUAUGAAAAACUACAAGCCAAUAAAAUAACCACACUUUUCUUGAAAGUAACCACACCAAAAUUUGACAGAAUAUAACUUGUAACUAAUGUAAUCUAGCCUUAUGUCAAGUAAUGAACUCAAACAGCUCUAAGCUAGCAUUAUACAAGUACAAAAAUUCUAUACAAAUUAUAACAAACCGUAUAAACGCUGAAUAUAAAAGCAGUGCUAUAGAAGGAAAAUACAUGAAAACCAUUAAGCUUACAUAGGUUGGUAUGCAGUCAGAAUACCAAGUACUGUGAGUGUCUUACUGAAUGUAUCACUAUACACAAAGGGCGGCUCUGCACACAUGCAAGCAGUGCACUGUCCACAAGGUAAAGGAAAAAUAAAAAAAUAUAUUCUGCACAUUAAUGAAUAACCCCCAAUAUGUUCAUUGCUGUACACAGCCAUAUAAUGAAUUAAAAGGGAAGACGAGAAGGAGGUGGGUAGGGGCUCCCGCCGCCGCUCUCUUCUUCACGGUCAGCAUGGAGGGAUGUUGGUGUGGGGCACGGCAAGGGGAAGCCUCGGAAGGUGAAUCCUGUGUGUGUGUGUCAAUCUGUUAAUUUUUGGCAGAUUCGCCCCAUUUUCGGCCUAAAUUUCGAUGCAUCCAUAAAAACUUUAAAGAUUUAACAAGUGACAUUAAAGAGACACUAUAUUAACCAAAACUACAGCUUGAUGUAGUUGUUCUGGUGAGUAUAGCCUGUCCCUGCAGGCUUUUUCAUGUAAACACUGCCUUUCAGAGAAAAGGUGGUGUUUGCAUUACAGCCUUGUAACACCUACAGUGGCCACUCCUCAGACUGCCACUCAAGGUGCUUCCUGGGUCAGUGCUUCAGUUUCCAGCACUGACGGUCAGCGUCUUCACCCUCUGCAUAAAGACGCUGAACUUUCCUUAUAGAGAUCCAUUGAUUCAGUGCAUCUCUAUGAGGAGAUGCUGAUUGGCCAGGGCAAUGUUUGGCCCCAAACCACCUCCUUGAUGAUCUCAGCCAAUCCUAUGCUGUUCUUAUGGUAAAGCAUUGGGUUGCCUGAGAUAAUCAAUUCUGAGGUCAGCCAAGGAGGCACAUCAGGGGCAGGGCCAGCAGCUGCAGACACAAGUGGCGCUGGAAAUAAGGUACAUUUUCUUACCUUUUUAGGUUGGGUUGGGCAAGGCACCUAAAUGGUGGUUUUUAACACUACAUGCUCAGGAAUACACAUUUGUGUUCCUUUAAUUUAGGCACACAAUGAAAGUGUGGACAGUGUAAACAUUGUUAUCUUUCUCCUCUACUUACUAUACUCAAUUGCAGAAAAGGGCAAUAUUUAUAACAGAAAGGGAUUACAGAUAGGGGCAUCUAGUUUAAGGUUAGAUGUGUGAAUUUCUUCCCCUUUAUUUCAGAUCUCACAAUUUUUGCGAUAAAGGAUUGAAAAAAAACUCUACAGUAAAUCAUUAUUCAUUUGUCACUGGGGAUCAUGGUUGGCAAAAGUAGUGUUCGCUGAAUAAGCUCACAAUAUUAUCUGUCACUCCGUAUUAUCAGAUUAAAAGGGAGCUGUCUCUUCUCAGAAUUUUUCAAAUAAAUAUUUAUUUUCCUUCCUUAUUUGUAAAGCUUUUCUGUCUUUGCCUUGUUCGAACUGGGUUAUGUCAUUUUCUAAAUCUUUAAAGGAACACUAUAGUCACCAGAACAACUACAGCUUAUUGCUUUUUUUUCUGAUGAGUAGAAUCAUUCCCUUCAGGCUUUUUGCUGUAAACACUGUCCUUUCAGAGUAAAUGCAGUGUUUCCAUUACAGCCUAGUGAUAACUCUACUGGCCACUUCCUAGAUGGCUGUUAGAGGUGCUUCCUAUCUCAGUGCUGCAGAGUAAGUGGCACUGCCAUUCAGAGUGUCCACUCUCUGCAUGCAGACUUUCCUCAGAGUUGCAUUGAGUUCAUUCAUCUCUAUGAGGAGAUGCUGUUUUGGCUUGUGCUGGCUCUGUCCCUGAUCUGCCUCAUUGACCGUUUCAGCCAUUUCUAUGGGGAAGCACUGUGAUUGGCUCAGACUACCACUUCUGAUGAUGUCAACAGACAGAGGCAGAGCCAGGAGCUGCAGACUUGAAUAAAAGUAAGAGUUUACUAUAUUUAGGGUGGCAAUUGGGGGCAUGGGGUUAGAUGGGGGUUUUAACACUAUAGGGUCAGAAAUACAUGUUAGUGUUCCUGACCCUAUAGUGCAUACAUUUUAAAAGUAAAUAAAGCAUCCCAUUUAAAAAAUGCUUAACUAAAGCCACAUAUGUUUUCUUUAGUGUUUUAUUCAAUAAUAUAAAUUCUUGGUGACAGUUCCCUUUUAAAGAGAUACUAUAGGCGUCAAAGCAACUUAGUGAAGCUGUUUUGGUGCAUGUAUCAUGCCCCUGCAGUCCUACUGCUCAAUGUGCUGCCAUUUAGGAGAAAAAUCACUUUUGUUUCUAUCUCUGUCUGUCUUAGCCUGGCUGUGACCUCAUGCAGCCUGCUUGAAAAAAUGUUUAAUUUUUAAUCAGAUGUUAACUUGUUUUAGAAGUUUGGAUCUUUUGCAUUGUACAUUGAACUUUAAUCGCCUGCAGGAGGCUCUAGAAGGUUAUUCACACAGCAAGAGAUAAAAUUCCUAAUUAAACAGACCGUGCAAUAAAGCAAUUUUAAACAUUAGAGCUCUUUACAGGAAGUUAAUGUGCAAGUCUAAUACACGGCUGUAUAAACAAAGUGAUUUAACUCCUACAUGUCAGAAUUGAGCAGUAAGACUGCAGGGGCAUGAUCUAUACACCAUAACUGCUUCAUUAAGCUAAAGUUAUAUUGGGAACUAGUGUCCCUUUAAAAGGUGAGGGGGUUAUUUUUUAUAUACUGAUAAAUCUUUAUUUGGAAGAAUAACCAAUCUCAAUAAGGGGAGCAAUUUGCAACGAAUAGAUGAUUAAAGUUGGUCAUGUGAUCGGUAACCUGUAGGGGAAGAAGACAUUCGUAGGAUACAGGCACAAUUCCUUCUUAUAAAAACACAACACCAGUAAGUUCUUGAUUUUUAUUUUACUUGUGCUAAAUACAGGAAUAGUUAUUUGCCUAUUGCAAAUGGACAUAAAAAUAAGUGCAUAUUGCACAUAUGGGUACAAUUAUUAGGAUAUUGUACAUAAGUUGCACAUUGCACAUACAUGCAAAAUUUAUAGCACAAGUUUUGUGUGCAAGGCUUUGUUCUCUUGUAUAUUAAUGAAAGUGUAGAUUGUGCAGCACUAUCUGUAUUUUUAUAAAUUAUUAUACUUUAGCAAACACCAUAACUGCCUCAUAUCAGCUGGUGCUCUCAGACUUUCACUGCUGCCACUGUUGUCUAGUUUAAUGUGACAGUGUUAGCUCAAAUACAAGAGAGGGGCCAGACUUUUGGUGUCUAUGGUCUCUCGUUUAUUUAUCGCCAUUUAUAUAGCGCCAAAAGAUUCCGUAGCGCUUUACAAUAUAAUGGGGGGGGGGGAAUUUAACCAUAAAUAGGACAAUUACAAGAAAACUUACAGGAACAAUAGGUUGAAGAGGACCCUGCUCAAACGAGCUUACAGUCUACAGGAGGUGGGGUAUAAAACACAUUAGGACAGGAAAUGGCAAUCAAAUGAGGUGGGAGUGAAGCAGAGCUGGAGGAGAGAGCAAGAGACGGGUAUGUAAAGUAGGUUACUCUGGGCGGCCAUAAGCUUUUUCUAAAGAGAUGGGUUUUAAGGCAUUUCUUAAAGGAUUGAAGACUAGGGGACAGUCUAAUGGGGGUUGGCAGGCUAUUGCAUAGGAAGGGAGCCGCCCACGAGAAGUCCUGCAAGCACGAGUUGGCCGUAUGGGUGCGAGCAGUGAACAGGAGAAGGUCAUGGGCAGAGAGGAGGGACCGAAAAGGGGCAUACCUAUGGAUCUGUGAAGAGAUAUGAGGGGCUAGAGUGUGACAAUAAUCCAUGCUGGAAAUUACUAGAGCAUGGACAAGCUCCUUGGUAGAAUCUUUCGUAAGAAAGGGGCGGAUGCGGACUAUGUUUUUAAGCUGGAAUCUACAGGAUUUGGCAACAUACUAGAUGUGAGGCUCAAAGGUGAGGCCAGAGUCAAGUAUGACACCAAGACAGCGUACUUGCAAGGAAGGACUUAUGUGGAUACUACUAACUUGAAGGGAGAGCGACAGAGGAGGGUCAGUAUUAGGAGGAGAAAAGACAAGCUCAGUUUUAGAGAGAUUGAGUUUCAGAAAACGGGAGGACAUCCAGUCAGAAAUGGAAGAAAGGCAAGCAGUGACACGUUGCAGGACGGCAGGGGAGAGGUCUGGGGAGGAGACAUGUAUCUGGGUGUCAUCAGCGUACAGGUGGUAGUGGAAGUAGUGGUAGUGGAAUCCAAAUGAGGUAAUACGUUUUCCAAGAGAGGCAGUAUAAAGAGAAAAUUGAAGGGGACCAAGGACAGAGCCAGGGGACUCAAACCGAGACAGGAAGAGGGAAGAAGAUAUCCUUGGAAAAGAAGACACUGAAUGAGCGUUGGGAGAGAUAAGAGGAAAACAUUGAGAGGACAGACUCACAGAGACCGAGCGAUUGAAGAAUUUGAAGGAGAGCAUGAUCAACGUUGUCAAAGGUAGCAGAGAGGUCAAGAAGAAUUAGUAUGGAGUAGUGACCUAUGGAUUUAGCUGUGAUUAGGUCGUUGGUAACUGUGAUAAGAGCAGUCUCUGUAGAGUGGAGAGGGCGGAAGCAAGAUUGAAGAGGGUCAAGUAGAGAGUUGGAAUUGAGGAAGCAAGACACACGGGUCAAGACAUUAAACCAAGCCUGUCAAACACAGUUUAACAUUUAACAUAUGAACUGAGCCAGGAGACUUAUCUGCUACUCUCCCUUGUUGGCACCACCAUCCAUCUUCAGCUCCAGGAGACCUCAUCUACAUGGACCCCACCUACACUUGCAUAGACUCUGGAAUCCUACAUUUGUGCAUAAAGUUGCCAAAGACAUCUGUUGAACACCAAGCAAAAAGAGGUCUUUUCUCCCAUCAGCUAUUUUAAAGGAUCUGGCUCCAUUAUCCAUUCGGCAGCACCAAAGCAGAGGAUAUGUUUGCUAGAGAAAUAUCACAGAAACUACAGGGAAUGUGCUGUAGUUGCUGUGACAGAGAGCAAGAGAGCCGCCAGCUUCCUGCUAGGCUUUUCUUACUUUUGUCUGUCCCUUAAUUAGAGGCAAAAUCGUACUGUUGUGUGGGAAGGCACCAUAUAUUGAAAUAAGGUUGUUUUUAAAUGACACAAAAAUUAUUAUUUUUUUUUUUUUGAUUUUGCAAUACAGGCAAAGGAUAUAGAAGUAAAAUUGGGGAGGGGUAAAGGGUUGUUACCACACAUUAGUACAUUUAUUUUUACAUUUAAGGAGGCACUGAACAACCUAUUAAAAGUACCAGCUAAAAAAAAAGGGGGGUCCAAAUUAUAAUCCUUACCUGUACCAGAUCUCCAUGUGUCCAUCUCUGCCACUCCUAGUUGGUUUGUAAAUUGUUGUAUACUUGUUGGAUAUCAAUUCAUUCAAGGACAAUGCGGGCAAAAUUGGGGAUUUCCAUGCAUUUGAGAUAUGGUGGUGUGCUGGUAAUGAUAUUCUGAGGAGAAUGCUAAAAGGAGAUAUGUUAACUGUGUAAAAUGUACUGAGACCUACGACGUUACUAACUAAUUGGUGAAUGUUAUUCCAAUAAGAUUAGUCGAGUUAAAGUCUCUUUUUACUUUCAGUUGGUAAUGAAUUUGCUCCAGCUCCUGUAGGUUGUAUGUUUUGUAAGUUGCACAGCAGUUGCAAAGCUACUAGUUCGAUUCCAGUGUAGCUAGUUACAGUACAUAUCUUUAAAUUAGUUCCAUUAUUAGCAUUUAUAUUGCGCCAAAAUUUUCUGCUGUUUUUAAAAAUUUUUUUACUAUUUAUUAUAGAAUGGAAAUAUUUGACAAGAGUUUGACGUAUAAAAUAACGAUAGAGACCAGAACUGAGGAAGGCUUACAAUCUAUGACACUUAAAGUGGCACUACACUAGUAAAGUGUAACUUAAUCUUUUAUUACAUCCAGUCAUUAACACCAACCACACAGCAUAUGAACUUGGAGCCUCGGAGGAUGUGAUUUCCCUUGUGGUGUUGGGAGAACAUAGAAAGCCCUAAAACUGGGCUUGACAAAUUUGCUUAGUAUCUAGGAGCCAGCUAAAAAAAGUUAGCAGCCAGGUUUUUUUUUUUCUUUUCUUUUCUUAAUGUGAUCGAAGGGGGCCAGUAACAUAAACCGACACACUCAAUGACAUACUCACGCACACUCCUACUCAAACAACCACAAAUUAUAACUUAAAGGGACACCGUAGUCACUAUAACCACUUUCUCUCUUUGAAUUGGUUAUAGUGCCUGGAGUGCCCUGGCACUGUCCCUCCAUUCAGUGUUGCACCAUGUUUGUGCAGUAUGCCACAAAAUAAGAGUCUCUGGCCACCCACAGCCCGGCCCCUUCUAUAUGUGUAGCUAAGGCAGAGAUUACACACUUCCUUGUUGUCAUACCCAUUCAUACCGUCAGUUGGAGCUCUGACAGGUUAAAAGCAGUCAGCUGACACUCUCAGCCAAUCACAGCUGCCCAUUGCUACUCAGGUUAAUACUUCCUUAUUAGCCAAAGCAGCACAGAGGGGAUGGAGUGCCGGGGUCUCUUGUUUAGCAUUAAAACAUUACAACAUUAAAAACUAUUUAAUGCUGAAAGAAAUGAUGGCACCAGGGGACUCCAUUCAUUAUAACCAGUUUUAUGAGAUGAAGCAGAUACAGUGCCUACAGUGUCCCUUUAAAAAAUAAAAUAAAAAAAAUUAUGUCCACCCAGCCUCCAUACCUUUGGGAGAGCUGGAGUGCAUCCUUUCCUUGAAGUCUAAUGGAGCUUGUGUAAUCUUCAAGUUCUGCUCCUGGCAUGACAGCAUGGCGUGCGAAGGAGCAGAGCAAGAACUUCAGGAAGGUUUUUGCUUCCCUGGGCUGAGAAACACCAAGGCACCUGGGAUUUAUAGAGUCCUGCACUAAAACAUCCUCUGCUUCCAGAGAAUACAGAAAUCUUCCCCAACCAGCAUAGAGACAAAUUAUCAGCACCUGAUCCGAUUUAUGUGCUGCCAUGAUGACCUCACGCCUGGAUAUAUAUUAAAAUAUUUACAUUCAAUUUGACUGAUAUUCAGGUUUGUAAUUAAAUGUAUUCUCAGUAAAGUACCACCCCAGUAAAUCCCUUUCCCCCACCCAUUAAGAUAAGAGCAGUUUAAAACAGUGUGAAAUUCUCUAUGAAUACGAUUUUCAAUUUGUCCUUGCAAGUGUCUGUGUAUUUACCUGUAGAAAUCCAAUCCAACCUCAUUGAUGCAACAUAUAUAUUUCUAAUCAGAACCUCUUGUCCAUUUACUCAAGAUACAGAAGACAGGGGACAGGUUCAGGUAAGCAUAACUCUCCUUCCACUGCAACUGGAAAGACAUCCAAUUGCAAAAUUACCAUUGCGAGUUUACACCAUUGCAAAUUGUAAAAAGAUCCCAGUCCAUGACAAAGCUGCUUUAAAGGAACACUCUGGGCACCUUAACAUAUUCACCUGAAUACUCCUAAUUUUACCUUGGUCUGAGGCUUCAAACAGGAAGCUUUUGACAGUGAACGGCUGGCUCUCUCAGCCAGGUUAUGAGUAUUCUACAACUGUUUGAAUCCUAAAGGAACACUAUAGGGUCAGGAACAACCCACAUUAACCCCAUAAAUAUAGUAAAAUCUUACUUUAUUUGCAUAAUUGAAUGAAUGCAUCUCUAUGAGGAAUGUUCAGCAACUCCAUGCAGAGCGUAAAAAAACAAGAUAGUUAAAUAACGAAUAUGGGCUUUAAGUGCAGUUUCUCUUUUAAUAUGCAGGCCCCUGUUUUUCAAGGGACCAAAAGUAAUUGGGGGGAGUUGUUUCAUGGACAUGUGUGGUCUAUUCCUUCAUUAUUUAUUCAUCAAAUAUGCAGAUAAAAAGCCUUUAGGUGAUGCCAGGUGAGGCAUUUGCAUUUGAAAGUUGUUGCUGCAUAACAUGCAGUCAAAGGAGCUCUCAAAGCAAGUGAAGCAGGCCGUCGUGCAAAAAAAAAAAAAAAACCAUUAGAGAAAUGGUAGGAACAGUAGGAGUGGCUGAAUAAACUGUUAGGUACGUUCUGAGGGGAAAAGAAUGCACUGCUGAGCUCUGGAACACAAAAAGGCCUGGACUUCCACGGAAAACUACAGUGGGGGAUGAUUGUAGGAUCCUUUUCAUUAGGGAUCGACCGAUAUUGAUUUUUUUUUUUAGAGCCGAUACCGAUAAUCUGUGAACUUUCAGGCCGGUAUUCUGUACAUUUACCAUUUUGAAAAAAUAAACUAAUUCUAAAGGUAAAAUCACAAAAUAUACAUGCCACGUGUAGUGGAUUAAGUGUGUUUAGAUGGGAGCUGUGUGUGUUUGUGUAGUGGAUGCAGUGUGUAUUUGUGUAGUGUGUGUGUGUGUGUGUGUGUGUAUAUAAUGAAUGCAGAGUUUGUUUGUGUAGUGUGUGUGUUUCUGUAGUGUGUAUAGUGAAUGCAGAGUGUGUUUCUGUAGUGUGUAUAGUGAAUGCAGAAUGUGUGUUUCUGUAGUGUGUGUGUAUAGUGAAUCCAGAAUGUGUGUUUCUGUAGUGUGUGUAUAGUGAAUCCAGAAUGUGUUUGUGUAGUGUGUGUAUAGUGAAUGCAGAAUGUGUUUCUGUAGUGUGUAUAGUGAAUGCAGAAUGUGUUUCUGUAGUGUGUGUAUAGUGAAUCCAGAAUGUGUGUUUGUGUAGUGUGUGUGUAUAGUGAAUGCAGAAUGUGUGUAUAGUGAAUGCAGAAUGUGUGUAUAGUGAAUGCAGAAUGUGUGUAGUGUGGGUAAAGUGAAUGCAGAAUGUGUGUAGUGUGUAUGUAAUGCAGUGUGUGUGUUUGUGUAGUGAUGUAAUUUGUGUAAAAUGGGGGGGGGGCAGGGGCAUUUUUUUAUUUUAAUUUUUUUUUUGUAAUAUUUAAAUGGUUUUGUUUGUUUUUUAGUACCCCCUCCCUGCUUCUUACCAGAGAGGGGGGAUAUAGUAUUCCCUAGUGGUCCGGUGGCUUGUUAAGUACUGGGGGGACCGCAGGAAGCUGUUUCUUACCUUUCUUGCAGCUCCCCAGUGCAAAUCUUGUAGCCCUUAGUGCCGCGCGGAGCGUUGCCAUGGUAACCCGUGACAACACUCUGCGAUCACGGGUCUCGCGAGAUUUGCACUGGGGAGCUGGAGGAGCUGCAAGAAAGGUAAGGAACAGCUUCCUGCCGGCCCCCCCAGGACCGCCGGGCUUGUAAUGAGCCUGGCGGUAUUAUCGGCAAUAUCGAUAUCUAUAUUGGCCGAUACCGAUAUUGCUGAAAAUACAGAAUAUCGGCCGAUAAUAUCGGUAAAACCGAUAAUCCGUCGAUCCCUACUUUCCAUGGUAUAGAAAACCCCUUCACAACAUCUGGCCAGGUGAAGAACACUCUCCAGGAGGUAGGCAUUUCGUUAUCCAAGUGUACCAUAAGUAACAUGGUAGCAAAUAAAGUGAUUUCGGAAGUGUCGUGUGGGGUUAAUUUACCUUCCCUGAGGACCUCAUGCUCUGUUUAAUAGGUUAGUAAAUUAAUCAUGACCUGUAUUUUUCCUAAGAUACAGAUAGCAGGGACUGUCCUAGAUUAAUUCAAACCUAUACUGUGCGAACACAGUAACUUUUAUAUUAAUUCAGCAAGAUAAGGUACAUGCAGCAGUGUCUCAGUUUAAUUCAGUAACGUCAGAUACAUGCAGCAGGAACAUUUAAUUUAUAUUACUUGCAGCAGUGUCUUUAAGAUUAAAAUAAUAACAAAAGGCACAUGCAGCAGUAAAUCACUUAGAUUAAUUCUACAACACAAAGGACAUGCAACAAUGAUGAUCUCGAUUAAUUCUCUAACCUAGGGGUUCCCAAUUAAUUUUUCCUGUGGAACUCUUUGACCUAGUAUAUGAACGCUUUUGCAUACAUUUUUUUUAAUUUUUUUAUAAUGUAUUUAUUUUUAAUGUUCUGGUGUGUAUCUGUGUGUACACACGCACUGGCACAUAGUGGCUCACAGAUACACACACCUUGACACAGUGUUUGUUUCAGUGUUUGUAUGUGUCAUUGUGUUAAGGCGUGUGUAUCAGCAUUUGUGACACACAUACACACUUGCACACUAACAGGUACAUUCACAGAUAUGUGUGUGUGUGUGUCUGUGUGUUAAGAUGUGUAUCUGAGUGUCAAUGUGUGUAUCUGUGUCACUGUAUCUGUCGGGUUAUCUGUGUGUGUAUAUAUAUGUGUGUACACACACACACACACUCAGGUAUACAUAUUGACACACAGAUACACACAUUAACACUCAGAUACACAUCUUGAUACGCACACAGGUUCACACACAGUGACAGGUGCACACCUUGAGACACACACACACCAUACUGCUUAUAUUUGCAGUCCUGUAAGGUUACCUUUUAUCUGCAGGAGGGUGACUUGGUUGAUGUGGUGCUGCUGGUGGCUGGAGUGCUGCUCCUUCUCUCCCUUCCCCCUCGCCGUGCUCUGUGCUUGGGAGGAAGUGACACAUUGUCACUUCCUCCAAGCAUCCUACACUACUUUGGGCCAGAUUGUGGUCUUAAGCGGCCAUGGCCCCUGUUCAGCGAUACCGAUCGGGUGGCCCUAAGUGCUUGGGCCACACGAUGGGAAAAUUGCAGCGGAACACCUAUUGAGAAACGCUACUCUGACCUAAAGUACAUGCUGUAGUGUCUUUCUUAGAUUAAUUUAUUAACAUUACAUUUUAAGAUAAAAGUAAUACUGAAUAGAUUAGAAUAAUUUAGUAACAAUGGAAAGCCGAGAUUUGGUUACAAUUAAUUUAGCUUUAUGUUUAAUGUAUUGAUUCAGGUCAAGAAUACAAACUCUUCCUGGAUCAACCCUAGUAUUGUCAUGUAUAAUAUGUCAUUUUUUUUCCACCCUUACAUAAAUUUAGUCACUGUUCAAAUUGUAAUGGUUUAAAAAAACAAACUUUUUUUUAUUUAUUUUUUUUUAGCUAAAAUAGUCAGUCCUUCACCUCCGAGGUCAUCAGACUUGAUGACCUUUUUGUCCAAUCAAAUGCAUUUCAGGGAGAAGCGUUGGGGGCUAACUGUAUAUGCAUGGCAAUUACUUACAAAUUUCAGGCAAACAAAGGAAAUCUCUAGGCACUCAAGGUGUUCAAGUUGCAGGCAGGUUUAAUGGAACAAAAAAAGAGAGCAGCUACGUUUCGACCUGCUAAGAGGUCUUUGUCAAGCUUGACAAAGACCUCUUAGGUCAACGGUCGAAACGUUUUGCUAAUUAUUAUUAUAUAUUAUAUUUUAUAUAUAUAUAUAUAUAUAUAUAUAUAUAUUUUUUUUUUUUUUUAUUAUUAUUAUUUUUUUUUAGACUUCCAGGGGUGCUUCUCUAUAUAAAAAAGUUGAAACACUGAUCUAAAUACAUGACUGAGAUCCCCUUGCAGUCCUACUCCUCCCGUUACUUUUAAAGGAACACUAGGCAAGCUAGCAAUGUGCACUUUUUAAAUUUGAUCAAUCAAUUGGUUAGUGUGAUGUUUACUAUCUUUACACACUCCACACAUUUACUCUGCCCAGCCCAACCUUUCCACAGUUACUCCAGCCACUCCAACCACACAACAGUUACUCAAGCCACUCCACCCAGUUACUCCGCCCACUCCAGUUGUAGACUACUGGUGGAGGCAAGAACACUUCACACAAUUUCCCCAGAAAUUGUAGCUUUUCUAGUUAACCUUAAUCAUUGGUUUUCUGCAGUAAUGGUAGUGUUUUGUUUGCAGAGUUAACCUGCCUCUAGUGGCUGUCAGUAUGACAGCCAUUAGAGGCGCUUUUCUAAAAUAGUAAAGUAAAACUCUAUUUUAGUCAGAUGGUUUCCUGGCGCUGUGUAGCACAGCAUUUUGCUGCGCAUUUGCACUAGCCUUCCAAUGCUUUCCUAUGGGAAGCCACUGGGUUGACUGAAAUCAUAAACAUUGAUAAUCUCCACCAAAAAGCUGAAGCUUUUGCAAGGAGACUUGCAAGGGAGAUUUGUGAACAUUAUGUAAUUUAAAUGUGCUUCUGCAUUAAUUACUCCUAACAUGAUUAUCAAACAUAAAUUGUUUAAACUAAUAACACAUGAACAAUUGGGUUGAGAUAAUAUAGGUUGUGGCCUAGAUAUAUAAAACCAUAAUGUCCGGGUCGUACUGAAGCUGAAUGAUGCAACAAGAUAAUGACACAAAAACACAAGACAACACAUGAGAAUAUACACAUGAUGGGAGGAGAUGUGUUCUAAAAUGAACAUAAACAACUCGAGAGGUGCGUGAUAAGAUGUAUGCUAUUCACACAAUGAAUCCUACAAAUAUCAAUAAACUGAAACCGGUUUAGGAGGAACAGUUUGUUCCUUACUGAUCAAGUAGUUUCUAAGUUCAAGAGUUCACAUGCCUUUUCUCCAGUUUUGGCUUCUUAAACUGUUCAAUAUUAAAGGACCACCAUAGGCACCCAGACCACUUCAGCUUAAUGAAGUGGUCUGGGUGCCAGGUCCAUCUAGGAUUAACCCUGCCUGCUGUAAACAUAGCUUCAGAGAAACUGCUAUGUUUACUUUAGGGUUAAUCUAGCCUAUAGUGGCUGUCUCAUUGACAGCCGCUAGAGGCGCUUUCACGCUUCUCACUGAGAAGACGCCAGCGUCCAUAGGAAAGCAUUGAGAAUGCUUUCCUAUGAGGCUGGCUGAAUGCGCGCGCAGCUUUUGCCACGCAUGCGCAUUCAGCCGAUGACGUCGGAAGGAGGAGGAGGGUCCCCAGCGCCGAGGGAGCCCGGCGCUGGAAAAAGGAAGGAAUUUAACUCCUUCCUCCCCCUAGAGCCUGGCAGGAGUGGGACCCAGAGGGUGAGGGCGACCCAAGGACCCUAUAGAGCCAGGAAACAGUAUGUUUUCCUGACACUAUAGUGGUCCUUAAACAAGAAGUGCUGGGGGCAUAUGUUUAGAUUGUUGAUCUGUUAUUUUUAUAUGGUUGAGCAGGGGUUCCCAAUUCAUUUUUCCCGUGGAAUCCUUUGACAUAAUGCGCUAACAACGUGGAACACCAAAUAAUUUUUGCCAACAUAGCGCAGAUAGUAAGCAGAUAUUAUUACUUAGGAGCAGGUUUGCUUUUGUGUGUACAGUUGGUGUUUGUAUAUUAUAUUAGAGUUUUGAUAUAGGGGUGUGUUUGUAUGUAAUGUUUGCAUUUGCUUGCAGAGGUGUGCUUGGAUGUAGUGUUGGCUUUUAAAUGUGGAUGCACAUUUGUGUGUAGUAUUAAGGUUUGAGUGAAGGGUGUGUUUAUAUAUAUAUAUAUAUAUAUAUAUAUAUUUGAAUCCAGGGGUUUUUGUAUGUAAUGUGUGUGUGUGUGUUUGCAGGAGUGUUUGAUUGCUGGGAUGUAUGCACAUAUGAUUGCUGUACGUAUGCCAUACAUACACAAACAAAUUCGCACACACACACAUAAAAACAUUGGCACAGACCGUGACACACAGAUGCACAGUGACACAUACACAGAUACACUCAGACACACAUUCUCUUUGACAGACAUACAUACACACUCUCAGUGACAAGCUUUUUGACCUAAAACUAGUAGUGAACAAUUUGGCAAGUAACAUUUUGGUUGAGCAUUUAGACUAAAACAAAUCCUCCCCUCAGCCGGUCGUCCAGGGAGUGACAUCAUUGCAUGAUUACUGGGCAGCUAGGAAAACUUUACUGUAGCAGUUACUGUGCUGCUGCCAUCCACCAACUCUUCCCCCUGCUCCCACCCAGUAGCCUUGCUCCCCCCACCCUGAUGCCAUAAGAAGGGUUGUGAUUGCUUGUUCCUUCUGUUUAUUUAUUUUUCAGCUAAUUAUGUCAAUCUAACAUGCAUUAUCAGGAAGCAAACAGCAGCAUUUACAGGUUUUUUUUGUUUGUUUCCCCCCCUAUUUUGUUUAAUAAAAUGGAUGAAUUUCUGUCAACAGUUUGGUCCUAGGAAUGGCUGUGAUGACUAGUGUAUGCUUGACAUACUUCUAACGCACAUGCAAAACUGUAUAUUGGUUAGCAUUAUUAUUGUGAGGUUAUAUGAUUAGUUACCUAGCUAACAUUGGACAUCUGUGUCAUGGCUUCACACAUCUUUGCAUUGUUAUGUUUCCCUUUUGGUAUAGGGUAUUUCACCAUGAUUCUAAGCUUACAUCCCCUGGAGAACCUGAAGGCCUAUAUUAGCAGCCGACCGCCGCUGGUGGUCUUUAUGGUCAGCGUUAGUGGAAUGGCCAUAGCCUUCUUGACUCUGGGUUACUUCUUCAAGAUGAAAGAAAUCAAAUCACCAGAGAUGACAGAGGUAUGUUUUAGAAUUUGCAUAACGAGAACACAUUUUAUUUUUAAAGUUAGACUUUGUGAAUUUAAAGGAACACUAUAGUCACCUAAAUUACUUUAGCUAAAUAAAGCAGUUUUAGUGUAUAGAUCAUUCACCUGCAAUUUCACAGCUCAAUUCACUGUCAUUUAGGAGUUAAAUCACUUUGUUUCUGUUUAUGCAGCCCUAGCCACAUCUCCCCUGGAUAUGAUUGACGGAGCCUGCAUGAAAAAAAAACUGGUUUCACUUUCAAACAGAUAUAAUUUACCUUAAAUAAUUGUAUCUCAAUCUCUAAAUUGAACUUUAAUCACAUACAGGAUUCUCUUGUAGGGUCUAGCAAGCUAUUAACAUAGCAGGGGAUAAGAAAAUCUUUAUUAAACAGAACUUGCAAUAAAGAAAGCCUAAAUAGGGCUCUCUUUACAGGAAGUGUUUAUGGAAGGCUGUGCAAGUCAUAUGCAGGGAGGUGUGACUAGGGUUCAUAAACAAAGGGAUUUAACUCCUAAAUGGCAGAGGAUUGAGCAGUGAGGCUGCAGGGGCAUGUUCUAUACACCAAAACUGCUUCAUUAAGCUAAAGUUGUUCAGGUGACUAUAGUGUCCCUUUAAGCAAAUUUGGAAAGCAGCUAGGUUUGUUCUCUAAAUUCUGAAUUGAUAUCUUAACUGCAAAUCUAAGCCAAAACAGAUGAUUAGGAAAAAUGUAAUGCUAAAGUGAGACUUGGAUUUUUCUUAUUGUUUUUGGAUUAAAAAGGCAAUCAUCCAUUAAACACGCCCAUUUCUUUUUCCCAGGAUAUAUAUUUUAGAAAACACAGGUCUUCCGUUGAUUCCCCUGCCCCCAUAUCUUUUCCUAUUAUUUAUCAUCAUUUUCUAUUUGUACUAUGAGAACGAAUGAAAGUUCAAUUUGGAUACACCAGAAUUUUUAUUUUCAUUUUUAUUUUGAUUCUUUAUUCUUUUAUUUAAUUUUUUUCCUCCUCUGAGUUCAGCCUUUUCUGUUCUCUCCUCUGCAACUGUAUGCAUCUGUUGUUUUUGAAGGUGCAAAAUAUGUAACACUGCACACUGAAAAUAGAACCCUGCACUAAUCAAGAGGCUUAAAUACAUCAUGCAAACCACACUACAAAUAUUUGUUUUUUUCCAUAAGUGAAAUCACCCUUUUUUUUUUUUUUGCUCUGCAUACUUAAGCACACCAUGAACCCUAUUCAUGAAGAUUAACCCCUUAAAGACACAUGACAUGUGUGACAUGUCAUGAUUCCCUUUUAUUCCAGAAGUUUGGUCCUUAAGGGGUUAAACCACACUUUAACACUUUUAAGAAUCAGCUUUUGGAGAUCGUGGCAUCUGUUGUAAUUUACAAGUGCCAGCCAGUGAAGCUUAAAGGAACUUGAAGCUAAAGUUUACCAUGGGAAAAAUAACUAAUUGUACCCAAAUACGUUUUAUAUUAUUAAAAAAAAACCUUACAUUUGAAGUUCCUGCUGGCUUUCCUCUUCUGCAAUGAGCUGUCAAUAAUUCAGGAAGAGACUUAACCAAUCAUAAUGGUAACUUAACUUUAUAAGCGAUGCUUUAUGGACAUACCUAUGUUAUCUGGCAGUUAUAGUUCAGUUGUUGGCUUUUGGCUGUAAACCACAAACAAUCAUUAAAUCAUUUGCAGCAGUAUUUUUGAUGGAGAAAGAGACACACUGUCGGUUGUGAAGGAAGAGCCGAUACAGUAAAAAAAAUGAUUUUUGUAAAAACACUAAUGAAGAUUAAUGGGACACUAUAGGCACCCAGACCACUUCAGCUCAUUGAAGUGGUCGGGUGCACUGUCCCAGAUCCCUUAAACCUGAGGAGGUAAUUUAUUGAAGGUUUUUAAGAAACUGCAAUAAUUACCUGCUAGGGUUAACUACACCUCUAGUAAAGGUCUACCAGACAGAGGGGGAAGCUAGAGCUCCAGGUAAUUGAGUUUGUUUUUCUGGCACUAUAGUUUCCCUUUAACUGUAACCCAGCAAGUUCGUUUGUGGAGUUGCACUUUAAAUCUUACCAGUAUUAAAAAUUAAUUGGUACAGGUUGAUGGUAUGGUUCGUUGGGAAAAACCUGUUUGAAUGCUGUGUUUACCAGAGCAAACAAGAUUUGUAUUGUGAUGACAUUUCUUGCAACCUUUCUAUUGCAUGAUUUGUGUUUGUCGUACAGGGUUUCCAUCCAGUUCUAAUACUAUUCUUGGAUAUAAGAGCAAAAAGGCUUUUCUUUCUUUAUUUAACAUGGGCAUGUUCGCUAAAGCGUAGCCACAAGACGGUGAUUCAUAAGAAUUAUAAUCUGAAUAUUCUGUGAAUACUUCUUUUGAUCACCGACUCUGAAAGUAAGCUUGCCAUUAUUCUAUGCAGACACGGUUACUCUUAAUUUGCCUUGGUUCCUCUGAGUUUCUAAAUUCCAUGGGAAGUCACUGGUAACCUAAGGUCAGACCGUCUUUGUAAAAACGGUGCUCAAUGACCUCAAAACCUAAAAGCUGCUUGACAAUUGGUGAAAUUGCAGCAUUUCCCUGCUUGUAUAAUGAUGUAAGUUUUCCUGGCUUAGUCUAGCUUGAGAAAAGUGAAUUGAAGGCUUCUAUUUUCAAGCUAUUUAUAGAAUUAUUUCCAUCCCUAGUGAACCUUCCUAGGUCUUGUCUGGUAAAGAGAAACUGAUUAUAGAAGAAUAGUUUUCAUGUAAACAUAGUUUGCUGCAAAAUUAUGUUCGAAGCCCUCUUGGGCAAUGAUGGUUUUUUACUCUCAGUCCAAAUAUUUCUGAACUUCAUGUCCCAUGAUACUCUGCAAAUAUUAAGUUAUAUAAUUUGUGAACAUAUGAGACAAGAGAAGCCAAGCCGUAAGACCUCACCAGGGUUUUCCAUAACAUUUUCUGGUUUUGUGCAAACUAUGUGAAAUACAAAGCAGAAAAAUAAAUCCAAAUGCAGGCAAAAAUCACAACAUACCAACAUCUAUAAUGAGGGGGUGGGGGCUAAAAAAAAAAAAUCAAAAAAGAAAUAUGUUGUCAUUUUUGUCAGCAUUUGGAUAUGUUCUUCUGUUUUGUAUUUCAAGUGAUAUUGCACUAAAUAAAUUAGCACUUUUUGUUUAGCUUUUCAGCUGAAGUGCGGUAUGACUGUUGACUCAAUUUCUCUUGGCAUUUUACAGCUUAAUGUAGUGGUUCUGGUGUCUGUAGCCUGUCCCUGCAGGCUUUUCAAUUUAAACACUGCCUUUUCUCUUUCUAUGAAAAGGCAGUGUUUACAUUUCUGCAUAGAAACACCUCUAGUGGCAGUUACUCAGACCACCACUAGAGGUGCUUCCUGUGUCAGUGCUGAACGCUCCCCAUAGAGAUACAUUGAUUCAGUUCAUCCGUAUACGUAAAGGCUGAUUUGCGCAGUGUGUCGCCUUGCUGCACAUGCGUAAUAGCCUCCCAAUGCUUUUGAUGAUCUCAGCCAUGAAUGCGGGGCCAGCCACAGCGAGACCAGCGAGGGAGAAUAGGUAAGUAAAAUCACCUUUUAAGUUGAAAGAAGGGGGCAGACACCUAAACAGUUUAACACUGUAGUGUUAGGAAUACAGUUUUGUAUUCCUGACACUAUAGUGUUACUUUAAAUAACACAAUUGAGAUACUAGUCAUGCAUGAGCCAGGAGAUUAUUAUAUAGAUUUUUAUUUUUUUAUAUAUUGAUUUUUUUUCUCUACAAAUAUGAGCAAUUUCUGUAUUAGUGUAUAUUCAUUUUGUAAAAUUAAUAAUUUAUUUGUAUAAUCUCUUGUUUAGUGCAAAUACAUGUGGGGAUUUUAUUUUAUUAUUUUGACAUUGGCUUCACGAAGCUGCUACAUUGAACUAAUUGUGCUCAAUCCUUCCUGUUCAGGACUGGAACACUUUCCUCUUAAGGUUUAACAACCUGGAUCUGUGUAUAUCUGAGAAUGAAACUUUGAAGCAUCUCCUCAAUGAUACUACCCCUCCUGAGAGUACAGUGACUACCGGCCAGGCGAGGUCAUCCACUCAGACACCACAGGCAUUAGAAGAUUCUGGACCCAUAAAUAUCUCUGUAGCCGUUACACUGACUUUGGAUCCUUUAAAGCCCUUUGGAGGGUUAUCUCGUAACGUAACACACCUGAGUUCCACAAUUUUUGGCCACCAAAUUGGUCUUUCAGGUAUCCAUGAAAUGAUGUUGCCAGCUUCCUUUUUCUUCAUUGGCAAAAGCAAAAAGAGAUGAUUUAGUUUUAGUUGAUGGGAAUGAGAAAAGGGUUCCCCUCAAUGUCUGGCUGGCUGAGCAUGAUGACAUAAGGAGUGUGGAACAGCUGAACUCUAAAGGUUGUUUAUUUUCUUUCCACACUGUAGUGUACGUGUUUCUGUAGUAUAUGGCUGCUGUGCUAUUCGAACAAUUGACCAAGAGCUAUUUCCAUAAAUUCUCAUCUCACCAAGCACACUGAUUUUUUUUAUACCAGAAAAAUGCACACUGCAUUGAUUAAUUACCCAUUCAUUUGCUUAUUUUAAUCCAGCGCCGGGCUCCCUCGGCACUGGUGACCUCUCCUCCUCCAUCGACGUGAGCUCCCGAGUGGAACCGAAUGCGCAUGCGUGACCAGAGGAGCGCGAGCAUUCAAACCCGCCCAUAGGAAAGCAUUACUCAGUGCUUUCUUAUGGGGAUCUUUUUUGACACUGGAGGUCCGCGAGGGCGUCCAGCGUCAAAUAAGUGCGAUUCACUCAGUUUAAAUCGCGGAAGCACCUCUAGUGGCGGUCAGGAAGACAGCCACUAGUGGCUGGAUUAACCCUGCAGUGUAAGAAUAGCAGUUUCUAUGAAACUGCUAUGUUUUCAGCUGCAGGGUUAUAACCAGGGGACCUGGCACCCAGACCACUUAAUUGAGCUGAAGUGGUCUGGGUGCCUAUAGUGGUCCUUUAAGUGAAAAUAAAAGAAUAAGCUGGAGUAGAGAAAGCCAAAUGGCGGAAACAAAAAAAAAAUAAAAAAAAAAAUACUGAAAACUAAAAAUGAAUCUAAAUAAUAUUUAACCUCUAAAUCACCAUGCUUUCUCUUACAUAGAAUUUCAGUAUAAAACAUUUUUUUUUUUUUUUUUACUUGUUUAAAAUGUUGGCACUUUGUCAUAGUGUCAGUUUGAUCAGUGUUUUCUUUUCCCUUCUAAGGCAGAGACUCCCAUGAGGAGAUGAAUAUUACUUUCACUCUGCCAGCUGCAUGGAACUCCGAUGACUGUAUACUCCAUGGGCGCUGUGAGCAGGUGGGAUUUACCACAUGUAUGACCGUAACGGCAGCGAGCAGCGUGUUUCCAGUUACACUGUAAGUAGCUCAUAAACUGAAGCCAAAUGUACAUUUUAUAGUUCAGCUGUCAAUAAAUUUAGUAUACCUUUUUUUUUUCCCCUCUUCUCCCCUUAGUCAGCCGCCACAUUGCAUUCCUGAAACAUACAGUAAUGCCACUCUGUGGUACAAAAUCUUCACCACCGCUCGUGACUCGAGGACAAAGUAUGCACAAGAUUAUAACCCAUUCUGGUGUUAUAAGGGAGCCAUUGGAAAAGUGUACCAUACUUUAAAUCCCAAACUCACAGUCAUUGUUCCAGAGGUGAGAUUCUUCUAUUACAAAUUAAGCUUUCCCUUUUACCAUUCCUAAUGAACAUACAUUUCUGAAUAUACUUUUCUUUUCUGCUUUCCUGCAAUAGCAGGUUUCAUUCUAUUGUUAAUUUGUAUUGCCCGAGUCAUACCCUUUUCUGUUCUCAAUCUUCAAGCCUUUUCUUAAGUUCCUGCAUCAAUCAUUUUACCCUUGUCAGUGAUUAGAGUUUGUGGACUUCUCUCAAACUGUCAACACCACAGGGAUGUCUGUGUGACAAAAUUCUCAAGAUUGCUUUAUGAAUAUUCCCAUCUGCCACAUUAAACCCUUUUCCUGAUCAAACAUGGAAGCAUUUCAUUGUGGGCAAGCGCAUACCCUCACAGCAGAGAAAUUGGUAUAAUUUUAUCCACACCCUCCCUAUCAGCAGUCUUUUUUUAAUGUAUUUUUUUUUCCCUUUCCUUGACAGCAGUUUGGAAGGAGUCUGCCUAGAUUUUAUUGUUAAACCAGGCCAAUAUUUAUGUAGGCCAAGCCAGGGCUCAUGUUUGUAAGAGUUGUCGCCCCUUUUAGUGACCCAGGGGGUCUAACAUAAUUCUUUCCCUGAGGAGAUGACAGUGGUCCACUGGAAAUAUGACGCUAAGCCAAACUCCCUGAAGACCCAGUAAACCACAUGUCCAUAAGGUACCUUGCUGUGCCUCUUUUUUGUAUAUACAUUUUCCAUUAGUGGUGACGACGAAUGGCAUAUGGGGUUUAUAAGGAAGCCCCUAGUUUAAUCAGUUUAGUUUGUGAGUUGUUCAAAUCCCUGUUUGCUUUUGAUAUACAGUACUUCAUCUGUCUCCAUGGCUGUUUAGUUUGUUAUUCCUUUCUCAAGUUAUUGCAUUAGUAGUUUAGCUUACUUACUAGUAUAAGUACCUGUUCGAAGGAAGCAACUAACAGAAGCUGAAAAAAAACUAACCAAUAGGUCACAUUUAAGAGGUUUUUGGUGAGCAUUUAGGCAAGGUUAUAAGAGUGCUCUAAUGGAUAUACUGGCUGUGUCUGAAUACCACAGUGCUAGAGGUUGAGAAGAGGGCAAUACCCACAAUAAGAGCUUUCCUGGGUCACUAAUUUAAGUAAUUCAAGAAGCCUGCUUAUGUGCAUUUUUUUGCACAUAAGCAGUCUUCUUUCAGAGAAAGGAAAAGAAUACAUUUUCAGGAUCGUCUUACUUAUGUAAAUCUGCGUAUGAGACCAAGAUCGCCUCUUUGUAUAAUCUGGUGUGAAGACAGUCUCCGUAUAUGUGAUAUGUGAUAUUCUCUCUGUGUAUCAGAUGGUGUGAAGCUCAGCUGUAGUAUAUAUAUCCAUUAUAAGAUUUGUAUGAGCUUGAGAGAAGAUAUGAACUUGGUAUAUUGCACGGUUGUCAAACCUUUUGCUUUCCUGGGCCGCAUUGAGCGCAGAGGAAUUGUCUUUGGCAUAUAACCUUUUCCUAAAUUUGUUAGCCUUGUGUGGGGUUGAUAUAUUUAAGCAUUCCAACUUAGGGAGCUAUCUCCUAAACACAUACACAUGUGUAUACAUAUGCACUCACACACACAAUCACAGACCCACAUGGGGACACCCACACGGACGGACGGACGGACGGACACACAUACAUAAAUGCAAGCAACAUACAUGCAAUCACUGACUUACAUACAGACCCCUCCAUCUCUCCUCACUCUAUACAUCUAUAAACACACACACUCACUGACAAAACAUACACAAAAAUUACAUUCAUACACAUUUAGUACUUAAGAGGUCCACCCAGCCUCCCUACCUUGCUCUGGGAGGGCUGGAAUGGAUCCACUGUCCCUGGUGGCUAGCAGUUGGUGCCGGUCUGGGAUCUCUGUGGUCUUCCUGCACAGGUCCCUCGUGCGCCCGGCAGUGAUGCAGCGUGACUGCCGGGAUGACGUCAUAUACCGGAGGCCGGCUCUCUUCAGGGCACACGAGGAGCUGUCCAGGAGGAGCAGAGAAUGUAAAGGGCUCCCUGCCUCGACGCCAAGCAGGGUGGACGGCAACUGGGCCACACUGCUAGCGUUCCUGAACCACAUGCGGGCCGCGGGUUAGACACCCCUGGUAUAUAUGAAUGAUGGAUGCUCUAUGUAUAAGUAGGUGUAAAGACACACCAGUACAUGAGUCCAAUAUAAUCUCUGGUGUGAAGACAAAAACUUAAUUGUGUAUAUAUCCAAUACAAGUUCUGUGUAUGAGAUGCUGUUAAGUCACAGCAUUCGUUUAUCUGACGGAUAUUUUAAUGUUUGAGCUAAUGUGGCGCCGCACUUUAUAACUGAUAUUGUAUCUGUAUAAUCUCUUAACACACAGACUUGAUAUGUAUGAAUGAUAGUCUCGCUCUCUCUAUAUAUCUAUAUCUAUCCCAAUAUCUGAAGUGCAUGUUAAAGGGUACUUGUCAUGACAAACACACCUUAAGAUGUCCUAAAGGCAUCUAAAUGAAGGGGACUGGAUGCCAUGUCCCUGUCUGUUUUAAACCAGUAGUGUCAAAAAUUGCCACUCUGCAGCAUUUCUGGACAACAUUUUAAUCAGAUGGUCUCAUAGACACUUUCCCUUUCCUCUCAGUCAGUUCAGUCUAUGCUGAUCAGCACAGAUAACAGACAUGCAGAGCAUGGUCUUAUAUCAGAUAAACCUUCCUCUGGGUGUCUCACCUGCUUGAAUUUAGCACAAGGCAAAUUAAUGCCUUCAAGGGAGGAGGGACAGGCUCGGUGAGAGAGCAGCACUGACAGAGGAGAGAAAAAGCCAGAAUGAUGUAUUGCAGCAGCUUUGGACAGGCAAUUUGAGAAGAUAACAUAAGUGUUAUUUAUUUUACACCAAUUCAUACAUACAGUAUAUAUCACACAGCCAACAUAACGUUUUGGGGACUUUUAACCUGUUAUUGGAAGCAAGUCUGUGUUUCCCAAACAGGGAUUUUCAGUAGAGGGAUGACUUGCAGCAAGUGUAACACAGACGGAAAACAUGAUUAAUUGGUCUCGGCCGGAGACAUGGUAAUAAAUUUAAAGUGUGAACUGUAAAUAGUGUUAAAGGGACACUCCACUGCCUAAAUACAAAUAAAAUAAAUAUCACAGUAGAUAUACCCAAAUGUAAAUGGGCAUGCAUUUUAUUAUGCAUGUUUUUCAUUGGGGUUAUGCCUAAAAACGACUUGCUUUUGCAAGCCGUUUUUAGACAUAACCCCAAUGAAAAACAUGUUCUUUUGUAACCAGGUUAAUUUAUAAAAGUUUCAAUUUCUAUUGAUAUCUGCAUUUUUUGCAAAAGGAAAAUAGGAUACACUUCACACACAAAGCUUUUCAGCAAGCUAAAGUUCUUUAGGGGUCUGGAGUGUGCCUGUUAUGGCAAAAAACUAUUGUAUAAAAUGAGUCAAGUCAAGUGGCUAGAAAACCUUUUUACCUGUCAUUAUCAAGAUUAUAUAAUUCCCAUAUAUUGAAGUUUCUUAAAGUAAACCUGUGUAUUUGUUUUGUGUUUGAGUUGUGAAGCUAAUUACAAAGACUGAAUCUAAUUACACCAAUUUCCACAGUAUAUUUCUUGUCCUUUUUGCUGUGAGGGGACGAUUAACCCAUAAGUAAAUGCUGCAAAGUAUAAUUAUCAGGAAAAGAAAACUCCUGUGUGAAACGAUUUUCCUUAAUAUGUUCUAACAUUCUUUCCAUUAUUGUAAAAUCCCCCUUUUACUCACUUCCUUUUCACAGCUCUUUUUUUUAACUUAUUUAUUUAUUUAAAGGGCACUGUAAGCACCAAAACCACUACAGCUUAAUAUCGUGGUUUUGUAAACUGUGCCUUUACGUGUUGGUAUUUCUAAUGGUGGAGUGCUCCUUUUACCACUGCAUCUGCAUUUCUUAGAAGAUUGGAUAUUCCCUUUAGUCAUCUCGUCCAGCUUUAGAAAAGCAGGAACAGAGAGUUCUGUGUAUAUGGCUGCACUUGCAGUGUCUCAGAUUCACAGAAUUAGUUCCAGACAAACUAAUGGAAAGCUAAAUUCACCUUUCCUGGUUAAAGAUUUUAUUUGUGUUAGGCUUCUCAUUCCCAUGUUUACUCCUUGCUUUUCUGUUUGCUGUCCAUCUGUCUUCCAUACAUACAUGCAUGUAUGUUUAUAUCCAUUUUUGUCCAAAUUGUCAUUUCCUCUGAUAUAUUGAAAUGGUUUAUUUUAUGUUUCAUUUGCAAUUAUUCAUUUUUCUCGGUAAAUGCUAGUGAAUUCUCUAAAUCUCCGUGGUCACAACCAGCAUAUUUAUCUUUGACUAGAGAAGCUUUUCAGUGUAGGCAUGCCCAGUGAAUUCCUAGAAGUGAUAGCAUUACAUGCUAAGAUUUUUAGAUGCUGUUUUUUUUUUUUUUUUUCUUCCUUAACAGGAUGACCGCUCCCUUAUAAAUCUGCAUCUGAUGGAUACAAGUUACUUCCUGUUUGUGAUGGUUAUCACCAUGUUCUGCUAUGCUGUGAUCAGAGGAAGACCAAGCAAAAUAAGACAAAGCAACUCUGAGUUUUCUCCAGAAAAGGUUGGAAACUACCACUAUAGGACUUAAUUGUAUUUUAAAGGGAAAUCUGUGACCUGCAUUAUUUCCUCAGCUGUAGUUAUUGUCUUGGUAGAAGUGAUCAUGUCACUUAAACAGAGCCGAAGACCAGUUAGGAAAAUGGUUCAGAGUUGAUUUGUGACUUCUGGGAACUAAAUGGUUCAUAUAAUCUAUAUUCAGGAUAUCUAACUAUAGGACCUGCAGAUAAAAAACAAAAAAACUGGCUGUGUAUCACUGAGCAAAGUAUUAGCCUGGAAAUGUUGGGUUUCUGUAGCUGUACUUUAACACAGUCCGCUGCCACCUCCUCCUCCCACUUUCCCCCCUCAAAAAAUGUCACUGUGUAAGGGGAUUACAUUAAAAAAAAAUACAUGUGUGCAUUUGUUCACAAGUGCUUAUGUAUACAAACAUAGUAACCAAGGUUAGAAAAAAGACUUGAGUUCAAGCUUCCACAUUUUUGUUUCUGCAGUUUUUCCAAGAGAGGGUAAACAAUCAAAUUUGAACAGAUUGCCAAACAUGUUACAAACUGGAACAGUAGUAAAUAUGUUACUGCCUGGAGAAAAAUUUACAUCACAGCCAUUCAUGGUUGGCCUGCGAAUAUAGAUCUAUAAUAUUACUUUACUAUAAAAUUCACAAAUACAUUACUUUAAUAUCAGACAACUAUAUUUUAUUCCGUAAUAACACAAAAACUCAUUUCUUUAUGGUUCUUUGUUAUAAGGUGUCAUAGACACUGUUAAAAGAUUUAAAGUGAUCGAAAAACAUUUUACCCAGUACACAACAGUAAUGUAUGCUUUAUACCACCUAUUUGAUGUCCUUUUCUCUACCUUUGUAUAGGUAACGAUUUUCUUUAAUGCUGCGGGUUUAUUUUUGUUAAAAACUGUCCUGCAAUAUGCGGUUAAUUGUAGAGUGGACCUUUCAUGGGUUAUUGCAGUGACUCGUAAGCUUUGUAAUACUGGUCACUUGUCGAUUUCAUUCAUUUUAAACCAUUUUAUACUUUUAAUUAAGGAAAGUUACAUUUUUGCAGAGAUGGUAGUGAAUACUAGCUUUUCACCUGCAAAUUUCACUUCUGUCUCACUGCUUACAGAAAUGACAGGGUAUUAUUUAAGAUUCUGCACAGUGCAAACAUAUACUGCCUUGCAUUUAUGUUAGACAGGCAUGCAGCAAUAACAUCACUUGCAUUGGCUCUUGUGCUUGGAUGUAAUGGCAUCAACACGCACAUACGUGCCCUCAGUCAGUACAAAGGGAUAUAAAAAGGCUUUGCAUUAUUACACAUGCGCAAUGGAUGCCAGGUCAUCACAAUAACAUUUGAAACAGGAGAAUGAAUAGAGAUGGGCUAAUUUCCAUUUAAUUUGCCUCUGCAAAGUUUUAACUGGAACAUUGAUAAAUGUUUUGAAUGCUUAAACAAAUAAAUAUUGCAGAAAUGUAUGUAUUUAAGCCCCUAGUGACCAGGCCAUUUUUCAAUUUUCUUACCGUUAAGGACCAGGGCUGUUUUUUACAUUUCUGCGGUGUUUUGUUUCUCUUAGUCACUUACUGUACCCACACAUAUUAUUAUAUACCAUUUUCACACCAUUAAAUGGUCUUUCUAAAGAUACCGUUAUUUUCAUCAUACCAUAUAAUUUACUAUAAAAAAAAAAAAAAUUAUAAAAUCUGAAACACACUUUCUAACUUUGACCCCCAAAAUCUUUUACGCAUCUACAACCGGCAAAAAAAACACCCAUGCUAAAUAGUUUUUAAAUUUUUGUCCUACGUUUAGAAAUACCCAAUGUUAACAUGUUCUUAGCUAUUUUUAUUUUUUUGCAAGUUAUAGGGAAAUAAGUACAAGUAGUAGUUGCUAGUUCCAAAACUUUUUCCCCCCCAAAAUUAACAAAAGUUACAUUGUAACACCGAUAUCUGUCAGGAAUCCCUGAAUAACCCCUUUUUAAAAAAAAAAAAAAAAGACAACCUAAGGUAUUAAGCUUGGGGUAUUUUUACUCUUUUUAUGCAAUCAUUUUACCACCAAUCUAUGCCAAAUUUAAAAAAAAUAAAAAUAAUUGGUGGUUUGUUUUUUAUUUUAUUUUUUGUAAAUCUUGUUUAUUGAGUCAUAAAUGUCAGCAAAAGUUAGGCUCGCUAGCCAGCAAAGGGUACAAAGUUAACAAUAUUAGUCAUAAAGGGAAAUCAUCAAGCGUAAAUGCAAUAUAAUAACGGCGUAACAAUUCACGCUAAGACCGUAAACUCUAAUAACUGAUCAGUGUAUAAGUUCUGUGUUCCCUUUCCGUCUUUGGAAAGAUGUAGGUGAGCUUUGCCCUAGAGUGAUGUAUCAGUGUAUGUGAGUAUGUGUGCGUGUGUGCGUGUGUACUCGCAGGAUACAGCAACUCUUGGUGUUUACACAGCGAAAGGAUGGGGCCUAUCAGCCUCAGAUAUGAUCUAGGGUGUCUAAUAAUAAAUUGUCACAAUAUAAGGUAUAGAGUAGGCUACCCAGUAGCGUAUCAGAGUGGAAAUGACCCACAAGUCCUGUUAAUAACUCCAUAUUGGCUCAAGCGAGUGGAGAUAGGGUGGUGAAGUACGAAAUCCUUUCCGUCAUGGUGACAUGUACGUAACCUUUUCUGUUCCCUGGGGUGUGUGUUUGAGAAGCUUCUGCCUGUUUUAGGGUGCUUAGGUGCCCCUUUCUCCAUAAAUCAUUAUCUGAGCGCUUAUCACUCCGAGGUCAGGAUUCCUCUGCUCACUGCUUACUUGUGCAUAUACAUGCUAUAUGUAGCCCAUUUCUUGUACAAGGCGCCUACCUCUUCUCCGCGACAGGUACUUAUAGCAGAGCUCGAGUAUUGUACACGAUUCACUACCCCCACCCUCACCCUGUGUUUAGCUAGUGCGUGUUGUCGUCAAUGUUCUGCCGAGGGUAAGUGUCCCUGUUAUGUCUACUUGUGGUGAGCGCAUGUCAAUCUUAUUGUCGUGGGGUCAGUGUGGUGAAUUAGGUCCCAGCUAGCCUGUCAAGCAGCCAGGUCAAGAAGGCUCCCUGACGAUUGCACGGAUGGUCAGGAUCUACCGUCUUUUGUCAAGUCCUAGUCUUUGUGUCCCCGUCCGUUGACGUCGUCACUCAGUAGUCUAGUUAUGUGUUGUCUGUCUGUCCUGUAUUUGGUCCAUCCGGCCCCGCUCCCGGGCACACCGGCCCCGAUGAUCUAUAAGAUGGAGGGGAAAGAGAAGGGAUUAAGGGGAGAGGAGCAUUGGUACCCGAACCGCGGUUCCCUAAGCAUUCAUCUCUUGCCGGUACCUGGCAAUAUAUAAAAACCAGGGCGGGUUUGUUUUUUAUUGACACACAUAGCAAUUUAAGAAUACAUGUACUGAGAACUUUAAGGGUUACUUCCAAAGAACACCUCCCGAUAUGUGUUCAGCAACAUUUCCUGAGUACAGUGAUACCACCCAUGUAUAGGUGUGUCUGGUUCGCUGGGGGCUAAAAGACCUUAUUUGGAGGGUGCACAUUCCAGUUUUCCAACGUGGAAUUUUCUCAGCUGGUCAUUACGCACCCAUGUCCUAUUUGGGACAUUUUUGAAGCCUGCCAAUGUAAUUUACCCCCAUCAAACGAUAUAUUUUUGAAAAGUAGAUACCCUAGGGUAUUUCAAAUGGUGGUAUUUUAACACUUUCCAUGUACUAAUUCUACCACCAGUCUUUGUCAAAUUUUGGGGUAGUCAUUUUUUUGUUAUUUUUCCUCUCACAUUGUACUUUAGGCAUGGAUUCUCAGUUCCUGUUAUGUGUUACUGACAAAUACCCCAAUAUGUAUUCAUCAACAUCUCCUGUGUACAACAGUACCCCCAAUGUACAGGUUUUAUGGGUUUUUGCAAACUUACAGGGGUCAAAUGUAGGCCUUUCCCAUGUUUGCAAAUUGAAAUUUGCCUGAUUGCUUUGCUGGGCUUAUGUUGCCUUUGAGACCGUAUGGCAGCCCAGGAAUGAAAAUUAACCCAAUUAUAUCAUUUGUAAAAGGAGAAAACCUACGGUAUUAAAAAUGGGGUAUGUCCAGUCUUUUUUAGUAUCCACCUAGUCGCAAACCCUGGCCAAAAUGAGUAUUUAUAUUGUUUUUUGUUUUUUUUUGCAUUUUUCACACACAAAUUGCCAUUUCACUGAUGAUAUCAGCAGUAUAAUACAUUUUACUGCUCUAAAACACUCAUAUUUGUGUAGAGUAAUGUCUCAUGAGCAAAACAGUACCUCUUAAGUACAGGUUUUAUGGUAAUUUGGAAAUUACAGGGUCAAACAUAAGAUUUGCAAAUUUCUGUUUUUGUAAAUUGCUAUUUGCCAGAUUGGCUAUGUUGCUUUGAGAUGAUAUGGCAGCCCAGAAAUUAAAAUCAAUAUGUCAAUAUGUCAUGGAAGGAUUUUCCAUGACAUACCAUUUGAAAAAGUAGACCACUCAGGGUAUUCAAAAUGGGAUAUGUCCAGUCUUUUGUAGUAGCCACUUUGCCACAAACGCUUGCCAAUGUUAGCGUUCAUAUUUGUUUUUUGCAUUUUUUACACCAAUAACUGCACUUUUACUGGUGAUAUCGUUGUGAAAAGUUUUAUUUUUUAAAACACUCAUUUUUGUGUUCAGCAAAGUCUCCCAAGUAUAACAAUACUCCCAUGUACAGGUUUUAUGGUGUUUUUGAAAGUUACAGGGUCAGUAUAGGGCAUGCCCAAUUCAGUUUGCCAGAUUGGUUUGCUGGGUCUGUGUUGCCUUUUGAGACCAUAUGGUAGCCCAGGAAUGUGAAAUAACCUAAUCAUGGCAUACCAUUUUCAAAUGUAGAUGUCCAGUCUUUUGCCACUUAGUCACGAUCGCUGACAAAAGUUAGCAUUUUUUUUUUCCAUUUAAAAAAACAAAACACUGCACUUUUACUGGUGAUAUCUUCAUGAUAAGUUUUACUUUUUAAAACACUCAUAUUUGUGUUCAGCAAAGUCUCCAGAGUAUAACAAUACCCCCCAUGUAAAGGCUUUAUGAUGUUUUGGAAAGUUACAGAGUUAAAUAUGGGGCUUGCCAAUUCAAUUCUCUGCACUGUCUGCCUGAGUUGUCAGGCAGGUCCCUCAAAUUAUAACUAAUAAAAUCAAAUAAGUAUGUGUAUGUGUGUAUGUAUGUAUGUAUGUAUGUAUGUAUGUACACAUACAGUCAGGUCCAUAAAUAUUGGGACAUCGACACAGUUCUAAUCUUUUUGGCUCUAUACACCACCACAAUGGAUUUGAAAUGAACAAGAUGUGAUUUAACUGCAGACUUUGAGCUUUAAUUUGAGUGUAUUUACAUCCAAAUCAGCAAAGUCUCCAGAGUAUAACAAUACCCCCCAUGUAAAGGCUUUAUGAUGUUUUGGAAAGUUACAGAGUUAAAUAUGGGGCUUGCCAAUUCAAUUCUCUGCACUGUCUGCCUGAGUUGUCAGGCAGGUCCCUCAAAUUAUAACUAAUAAAAUCAAAUAAGUAUGUGUAUGUGUGUAUGUAUGUAUGUAUGUAUGUACACAUACAGUCAGGUCCAUAAAUAUUGGGACAUCGACACAGUUCUAAUCUUUUUGGCUCUAUACACCACCACAAUGGAUUUGAAAUGAACAAGAUGUGAUUUAACUGCAGACUUUGAGCUUUAAUUUGAGUGUAUUUACAUCCAAAUCAGGUGAACGGUGUAGGAAUUACAACAGUUUGUAUAUGUGCCUCCCACUUUUCAAGGGACCAAAAGUAAUGGGACAAUUGGCUGCUUAGCUGUUCCAUGGCCAGGUGUGUGUUAUUCCCUCAUUAUCCCAUUUACAAGGAGCAGAUAAAAGGUCCAGAGUUCAUUUCAAGUGUGCUAUUUGCAUUUGGAAUCUGUUGCUGUCAACUCUCAAUAUGAGAUCCAAAGAGCUGUCACUAUCAGUGAAGCAAGCCAUCAUUAGGCUGAAAAAACAAAACAAAGAUCUCAGAGAGAUAGAAAAAACAUUAGGUGUGGCCAAAUCAACUGUUUGGAACAUCUUAAAAAGAAAGAACGCACCGGUGAGCUUAGCAACACCAAAAGACCCGGAAGACCACAGAAAACAACUGUGGUGGAUGACCGAAGAAUUCUUUCCCUGGUGAAGAAAACACCCUUCACAACAGUUGACCAGAUCAAGAACACUCUCCUAGAGGUAGGUGUAUGUGUGUCAAAGUGAACAAUCAAGAGAAGACUUCACCAGAGUGAAUACAGAGGGUUCACCACAAGAUGUAAACCAUUGGUGAGCCUCAAAAACAGGAAGGCCAGAUUAGAGUUUGCGAAACAUCAUCUAAAAAAGCCUUCACAGUUCUGGAACAACAUCCUAUGGACAGAUGAGACCAAGAUCAACUUGUACCAGAGUUAUGGGAAGAGAAGAGUAUGGAGAAGGAAAGGAACUGCUCAUGAUCCAAAGCAUGCCACCUCAUCAGAGGCAUGGUGGUGGUAAUGUCAUGGCAUGGGCAUGUAUGGCUGCCAAUGGAACUGGUUUUCUUGUAUUUAUUGAUGAUGUGACUGCUGACAAAAGCAGCAGGAUGAAUUCUGAAGUGUUUCAGGCAAUAUUAUCUGCUCAUAUUCAGCCAAAUGCUUCAGAACUCAUUGGACGGCGCUUCACAGUGCAGAUGGACAAUGACCCGAAGCAUACUGCAAAAGCAACCAAUGAGUUUUUUAAGGGAAAGAAGUGGAAUGUUAUGCAAUGGCCAAGUCAAUCACCUGACCUGAAUCCGAUUGAGCAUGCAUUUCACUUGAUGAAGACAAAACUGAAGGAAAAAUGCCCCAAGAACAAGCAGGAACUGAAGACAGUUGCAGUAGAGGCCUGGCAGAGCAUCACCAGGGAUGAAACCCAGCGUCUGGUGAUGUCUAUGCGUUCCAGACUUCAGGCUGUAAUUGACUGCAAAGGAUUUGCAACCAUGUAUUAAAAAGUGAAAGUUUGAUUUAUGACUGUUAAUCUGUCCCAUUACUUUUGGUCCCUUAAAAAUUGGGAGGCACAUAUACAAACUGUUGUAUUCCUACACCGUUCACCUGAUUUGGAUGUAAAUAUCCUCAAAUUAAAGUUGAAAGUCUGCAGUUAAAGCACAUCUUGUUUGUUUCAUUUCAAACCCAUUGUGUUGGUGUAUAAAGCCAAAAAGAUCAGAAUUGUGUCGAUGUCCCAAUAUUUAUGGACGUGACUGUGUAUAUAUAUUGUGUGUGUGUGUGUGUGUAUGUAUCUUAGCUUGACGUUUGCUUGAAGUACCUCAUAAACUUGCAUUUGUUUGAGACUUUCAUGAAGUAAUUCAGGAUUUGUAAAAUACUUAAAGGAACAUGCCAAUGGAGUACUUAUACCACCAAUGAAAACAUCUAUACUUAUUUAACUGCACAAUCCAGAACACAUGAAUGUUCAUUUACCUCACAGGUGGAAUUCUAAGGUUUUUUUAUUUUUUGUCUUUACAGGUUGCACUGUCUGAUGCAUAACCUUCUCAACUCUAUCUUGAAUAGAUGCAAUUGGAGUCAUAGCCUGUUGACCCCACCAAGAGAAUGUGUCUUGUGUUCUUCUGAAGAGGAGAGAACACACAACCUUGCAACGUUGGUUCGAUCCAACCAAAGACAUUUCAAGUGCCUGUAAUUGUUUUGUACAUAUUUAUAAAUAGGUACAUUUAAAGAGGCUCGGUGCAUACUUCCUGCAUUGCAGGAUCUUGUAUUUUAAUCCAUUGUACCUGUGGACUAGCUGUCUUUUUCUUGUAUAGAUAUGUCUAGUGGCUAUGUCUAGUUGGCAAUGAGGGUUGUCCAUUCAUGCGUGUGUAAUGAAGAUUGAAGCAAUGUCUUUCACUUAAUGUUUUGCGCAAAACUGCACUUUCUUGUACCUUGCUAAAAUAAACCUAGCAUCUGUUUGAAUGAAGGGUAAACUGCUAUAACUGAGGAGUCCUCUAUUCUUGCAAUGUGAAGCAUUUUUAUUUUAAUUUUUUUCCCUUUAAUCAAAAUUUUGCUUUGGGGUCAGCACGAUAAGAGUCAAGUAAUACACAUAUCUUCCAAAGCAUGUCAUUUUGACAGAAUUUCCAUGCUAGUAGAUCCACAUACUAAUGUGUUACACCUCUCAACAUAUGGGUAUAUUGGUUUAACCUUUUGUUUCAGAUGAAUGAGCAUGGCAUUGCACUCAAAAUGUUAGAUUAGAAUAUGUGGUGAGCUCCACAGUCUCCUAUAUUGUUUCCACAGUCACAACCUGCCACCUCUUUAGCUACUGAGAUGGACAGGGGUACGUUUGGACUGUAGAAGUCCAAAAUGACAUCUUCAAGACCUGCACUCUUUACAUCUAUUUUGGGUACAAUGGUAACACCAAUCCUUUUUAAGAAAAAAAAAAAACCUAAAAGACUGUACAAAAGAAAAAGCUACUUAUUGGAUCUCUUGUGUUUAUUACAUAUAUUUUUGUAUUUGUCAAUAAUCUGCCUAAGUUAAUUUUUUGGAAGGCGAUUACAGUGAGGUCUUAGGUUUAAGUGUUAGAACAUACAAUGCCAUUAAACCGGCAUUAACUCAUUUUAUAUAAAUGAGACAUGAGGUUUUAAAAAAAACAACACAAUUUUGUUUUGUUUGAAUAUUUUUUUUUGACUUUGAGUGGUUGGGGGAAUUCUUCUGUUCUUUGAUUGUGAUCUUUAUUUCUAGAUUGGAGAUUUGCCAUAAUUCAGCUGUUGCCCAUUUCACAAUUCAAAUCAAUACAUGUAAUUUAGUUUAAAUAAAUAACAGAUCUAUUUCUUGACAAAAAACAGCUGCUUCUAUAUCCUCCAUAUUUAGAAUUAUAUUUUUAAAUGUGGAUUGCUAGAAACAAUGUCAUUCUGGUUUAUAUGGAAUGCUUUUUGGCUUUCUAAAUAAAGCUCUCCCUGGUACUGUGGCAUUGGACUGUUGUGAAAAAGCAAUGUAUAUAGAUUUAGUGUAUAUAAACAAAUGGAUUUUCAUAUCCUGCAUAAACAUCUUUCAGCAAUUGUGCACUGAUAUGAGACACAACGCCGCAAACUCUCUAAAAAUGAUCAUAAAUAUGAGUUUGAAAACGUAAAUGUAGAUUUUAGUGCUUUUUACUAGCAUUGUACAAUUACAAUAACUAACAAAUAUCAGACAGUAAAAUCAGAGAGUGGAGAGUACUGUAUGUAGAGGUAAAAAUUCC